CCGCCGCGCUCGCCUGACCUUCGUGCCCCCCUGGCCGCGCCGGGCUGCCCCGAAGGAUGUCCGCCCAGUCCAAGGGGACCGCAUCCUCCUCCUCGUCGCCGUCCGAGGGGCCGCCGGCAGCCUCCAAAACCAAGGUGAAGGAGCAGAUCAAGAUCAUCGUGGAGGAUUUGGAAUUAGUCCUGGGGGACCUGAAAGACGUGGCCAAGGAACUUAAAGAGGUGGUUGACCAGAUUGACACUCUGACAUCUGAUCUGCAGCUGGAGGAUGAGAUGACAGACAGUUCUAAAACGGACACGCUCAACAGCAGCUCCAGCAGCACAACAGCUUCUAGCUUGGAGAAAGUCAAGUUACGGGGCAGCACACCGCUUAUUAAGCCACCUGCACACCCCUCUGCUAUCCUUACUGUGCUGAGGAAGCCAAAUCCACCUCCUCCUCCACCACGGCUGACACCCGUUAAGUGUGACAAGCCCCCCCGGCUGCCUCCUUCGGCCAACCCUGUCAAGACUAAUGGGACCCUGCUGCGAAACGGGGGCUUGCCAGUUGGGCCCAACCGCAUCCCAAAUGGAGAUAUAUGCUGUACAACAGCCAAUAAUUUGGAGAAAGUUGCAAUGCAGCCUCUGAUGCACAGACCUGAGAGAGAGCGAUGUCCUCAGCCUGGAGCAAGGGAACGGGUACGAUUUAGUGAAAAAGUGCAGUACCAUGGCUAUUGCCCCGAUUGUGAUGUUCGGUAUAACAUUAAAAACAGGGAGGUGCACUUGCACAAUGACCCUGCACAUGCUAUGGGAAAGCUGCCACACCAGUGCCCUCCUCUGCCACCUCCACCACCUCCACUGCCUGCAUUUCCUCUGGAAAAUGGAGGGUUGGGGUUAAGUCCCAGUAAUAGCUUCCCUCCUCCAAGACCUGCAACUGUGCCUCCACAAACUGCACCAAAACCCCAGAAAACCAUCCUGAGGAAAUCAACUACAACAACAGUGUGAUGUAUGCCACUUGAAACAACUCUUUCUUUUCCUAUAUAUAAACAUAAAUAGGUAAUGAGCACUUUCUACUUGAGCAAUAAAACGACCCAAGUGAAGUGGCAUAAAAAUCACAUGCACCUUCAGACUUGAAGGAAUAUCUAUACCUGGAGGCACAUCAGUUAAUUUCUUGCAUAUCAGAUUCAUCAUAGUGACUUCUUGCAGGCCAGAUCUGAGAAGUAACCAGGAACCUGACCCUCUGUGGAGAAUGGAAAAGCCCUUCAACUCAGAGCACAACUGAUCAUGAGUGUAAUCUGCAUUGAAUCAGCUUUCUCAGAUCUGACAGCUACAAGCUGAGUCGUGGCAAAAGCCACAGCCUUAAAUUCCAUUUAGUGGGAAAGAAGAAUACAGAGGACUAAAUGUCUUGCCCCGUUGCAGAAACUGCUGUCUCCAAGCCUGACACUUGAGUCCUGUGCUGACCAACCAGAGUAACAAACAAUGAGUUUUUCAUAGGUCCAGCCAGCAUCCACAAAUAUUUCAGUAUGUAGCCAAAAGGAGAGAUGAAGCACUUAAGUAAUAGAAGAAAAUUAAUGCAUUUACUAUAACAGAAGUAUGUUACUGUCUGUAGGGAAAGAAAACCUUUGUCAUCCCUUGUACAUAUUCAAAGCCAUACAGGAAAAGAGCAUUGGUGAUGUUAAAUUGCCUAAAAGGACACUGUUUCCUGUCCUCCACCCAACUUUGAAGAAGUUCAGCUGUUAGAGAUUGCAUCUCAAUGCACUUCUAGUAUUUGCACUGUCACUUCCAUUCAGGGUAAUAAUGUGUGUCACUGUUUGCACAGAUGGCCCCAGGAGAUUUUUGGCCACAGCAGACUAUAUUUUGUUGGGGCUUCAAAAGGAAAGUUAGAACUGAAGAAGAAUAUUUCACUAUGGGGAUCUCUUCACAGAAAGGACUAUGGUCUUUUCUUUGGUUUAAAUAAAUACAUACAUAUACAUACAUAUAUAUAUAUAUGUAUAUAUAUGAAAAAACAUCAACAUGAUAAGGUGUAUUUAAAACGGGGAUAUAAUCUUUUUUAAUAGCAUACAUUUUUUAUCGUAUUAGCAACCAACAAAUUUAGUCUAUGGAAUUAUACAUCCAAAACGUUCCUAUCAAACAUUGACAUUAUAGUCCCACUUACUGUUAAAGAAGUAAUUUGUAAUAUGUAUUCAACAUAAAUUUUUUCUAGCCAUUUGUCUAUGCUUCAUGGAGAUACCUAACAGACAAGCAGCAUUUUCAGUUUAUUUUUCUAAAUAAAUUUGUUGUUUGUAUUAUUUGCAGUCACUCAUUUUGGCUGGUUUUCAUUAUCUCCAAAAAUGAUUUAAAGACAGAACCAAAAUGCAGGAAUUGUUCGUAUUAAGCUGUAAUGAUUUGCUGACCAAAAGCUUUAAUAUAAAUACUGUAAUUUGUAAAAUGAUGAAGUAUAUUUAUACAGGCAAAUAUGUAUGGAAAAAAAGAGGAGGUAUUUUAACUCUUAAUUUCAGAACAUAGUUUAUUUUAAUAUCGACAUGAAGAAAUCUAAAUAUAUAAUGGGAUAGAUUUUUUAGUAUCAGUGAGUUUUAGCAAGUGAAGAUUUGGAUGCUGAAGAAUGAAAAGAAUGUAAUCCAAUAAUGGUGGUUUCCCAUAUUAUGCAGAGACCCUCUGUCAGUUGUCUCUUUUCAUUCAAAAACUGUUUCAUUUUUUGAGGUUUGGGGGUUGUUUUUUUUUUCCGUGUGUGUGUGUAGGGCUGGUUGUUUAGAUUUUGUUAAUUUUAGCAUACUGAAAAGGCCAUGAAGUUGACGCUAGUUCAUCACAAAUGUAGAAGAUACAGAAUAAGAGAUUGUUUCUUAGAACAAUCUACAGUUUACAGUUAAGAAAACUCAUUGUUAUCCAUCUACUGAAGUGUUUUGUUGUCAAGGUAUUGAAUAUUUCAAUGCUAGAGCUGUUUUGAAUAAAAUAUAUUUUUCCUUUUUUCUUAGUCCAUUAGCCUGUGUGUAAUUUUAAGAGAAUAGUGAAGCACGUGAUUCCCAGUUCACUUAAAAUAUUCAUCUUAAAUCCAGUCACGUGUACCUGAUUUAUGAAGCUGAAUACUCUUUUCUUUUUUCAAUGCUUUAUGUAACCCAUUAAGUGCUCAAUAACAGAAAAAAUAUCUUUCAACAACAAAAAAA